AUGAGUACUCUAUCAGAAGACGAGCUCACAAGACUUUACAAAGUUCGUAAGACAACGAUGGAAAUGUUGAAUGAUAGGGGCUAUCUUGUUGAAGAAUUUGAGAUUAAAAUGUCAAAACAAGAAUUCCUUCACAAGUAUGGCGUAAACAUGAAGAGACAAGACCUUGAAAUUCUCAAAGCCAAACGCAACAAUGAUGAGAAGAAGAUAUAUGUGUUCUUUCCUGAAGGGGCAAAGGUUGGUGUUAAGGAAAUGAGACCUUAUGCAGAACGUCUGAGACAAGAAGAGAUCUCCCAAGCAAUUUUUGUUGUACAACAAAAACUGACACCCAAAUCUCUUCAAUUCAUAAGUGAAGUAUCUACAAUGUUACACUUGGAGGUCUUCCAGGAAGAAGAGUUGGUGGUAAACGUUAAAGAUCAUGCUAUAGUUCCUGAGCAUCAGCCACUUACUAAUGCAGAAAAGAAAAGUUUAUUGGAACGAUAUACAGUGAAAGAAUCACAGCUUCCUCGAAUUCAGAUCAACGAUCCAAUUGCUAGAUAUUAUGGGCUAAAUCGUGGCCAAAUCGUGAAAAUUAUCAGACCAAGUGAGACUGCAGGUCGUUAUGUCACUUAUCGAUAUGUUGUUUAA